UACAAGACAAAUCAAAUCAAAUCAAAUCUGAGCAUGGAGCAAUGAUAGCCCAUAAGCCCCAGAAGGGGAGAGAAGGAUCCCCCAUACGGAGAGUUGAAACCCUCCAGAGAUCCCACCAUGAGCCAAUGAAGCCUCGCCUUCCAGCCACCCCUUGCUGGUCAUGGAUGCGGCUUUUGCCGGCAGCUGCAAAAAGCCUCUUUUCUUCCUCCCCCCCUUUUGCAAGUUGCAACAGGUUGUUUAUCUUGCGAAUAGCAGCCUCCGAGUCCGAAACAUGAUCUCUGCAUGGGAAGAGCCGGAAACUGGCAGAGGCAGGCACCUUCCUCUUUGCCUGCACUGUCACCACCUGGCGAGGCCAGGAACAAAGGGAGACAAAGCCCCCCAUCAGAGGGAUCCAGGACAGCCCCAUGAAAAAAAAAAACCACUUGUUUUGCUCAGGAAGAGGGAGACAAGCCACCCACCCACCCACACACACACACCUGCCUGUUCUGGAAAGAGGAAAUUCGCUCUUAUUGUCCUCCUGGGUUUUCCCUUUUUCAAGGCGAAGCCCUUGAAAAGAUAACCUUGAAGAGGAGCACAGUUUGAUAAGAGUGCCUGCAGAAGCCUCUGCCCUCUCUUCAGCUCUCUGCCACUUCACAAUCAUCAACCAUAACCACGCCGCAGCCAGCAUGAAAUAAGGGGCAAGCCAAAACAAAAAAAAAGAAGAAGCUACGAUUUGGGAUAAAACGGGCUGACCUCUGAGCCAAUCUGCCGGGUCUUUUCUGUGGGUCUCCUGCUGCCCCCACCUCCCCUCUGUAGGGGGGCAUCUCACAUUUCCAUACCCCCCACAACCUCCUCCACCGAGAAGGUUUGCCAUCCCAGGGUGACGUGGUAAAAGUCUCCCUCGCUUCUUCUUGCCGAGUGGGCCAAUGGCUGGCCACAGCUGCAGCCUGUGUGGGCUGGGCCUGUAACCGAUACCCCCCAAGACAUCCACCCUGGGCAACUGUCUCUAGAGCCAGAAGACGGGGAAAGGAGUCCUGGGAAACACCGAGACCUGGAGAGGAGAAGGGAGACAUGGCCACCAAAGAGAGGAAGGCGGGGAGCCCCAGCGUGGCCUUCCGCCUCUCUCGGACUCUCUUGUCUUAGUGAGGCGCAGCUGACUUGGCCUUCCAGCCACCUAGGACCACCUUCCCUUCUUUGCAUCAAGGACAGUGGGGGUCCUCCACAGGGUAGAUGUCGGGUGGCCUUGGUGGACCACCACCGUAAAUUUUCCUCCGGAAGCCACAAAGCUUUGGAGCCUCCUCCUCCUCCUCCUCUUGGGGUCCUCUGGGAAAGAGCCCAUCGUUCCCCACUUCACCAUGAAUUUUGGCUUCACGCAAGAGCAAGUGGCUUGCGUGUGUGAAGUCUUGCAACAAGGGGGCAACAUCGAGCGCUUAGGACGCUUCCUCUGGUCCCUGCCCGCGUGUGACCACCUGCACAAGAACGAGAGCGUCCUGAAGGCCAAAGCAGUGGUGGCUUUCCACCGGGGCAAUUUCCGGGAGCUCUACAAGAUCUUAGAGGGCUACCAGUUCUCUCCGCACAAUCACCCCAAGCUUCAGCAACUCUGGCUCAAGGCUCACUACGCCGAAGCGGAGAAGUUGCGCGGGAGGCCGCUGGGAGCCGUGGGAAAAUACCGGGUGCGUCGCAAAUUCCCUUUGCCUCGGACCAUCUGGGACGGGGAGGAAACCAGUUACUGUUUCAAGGAAAAAUCCCGGAGUGUGUUAAGGGAAUGGUAUAUCCACAACCCCUACCCCUCCCCUCGCGAGAAAAGAGAGCUGGCAGAAGCUACUGGGCUGACCACAACUCAGGUCAGCAAUUGGUUCAAGAACCGGCGCCAGAGGGACCGGGCGGCAGAGACCAAAGAGAGGGAGAAUGGCGAGGGUUGCGUUCUGAAGGAAGGACAUGGCCUGCCCCUAGACAGACACCUGAUCCCCAGCUCCGAGGACGAAAGCUCCCUCAUCGACAGCCCCUCACUGCUCUACCCGGCCUUGCAGCUUUCAGUUCCCGAGGGAUCCUCCAUUCACAAUGCCCAACCGGUGGAUUACCUGCAGAACCAGCCCCUCCACAAUGGCCUCCUGGGGUCCCUCACUUCCACUCUGGUAAAUCUGGGAUCCUGAAACAGUACAACGACACUGCGGCAUCCUCAGCAGGUUGCUUCUUUGUCCUAGCCCCUCCUCAUGUAAAUAUUCCCAUUUCCAACUGCAAGGAUCAUCAUGUUAUGUCUCUUUGUAAGAGGAAAACUGUGAUACAAGCAUACUGAAUCAUCACAUUUGACCUUGAGCAAAAACGAACCACGUUCCACAAGGUGUGGAUAAUGUUUUGCUAACUGAGAGAAAAGCUGAAGCUAUCCGAUCUGAAAUUUCUUCUAUCUGCUCAUUUCCUGACUGGCCAAAUUCUUUACUUCUGCACUCUCUUGCACCCUAAAGCAACGGCAGGAAAGUCACUUAGCUGCAAAAACAGCUAUAGAACCAAGCAAAAGUAAAGAGCGGAUGAGCAACUAACUACACCCCAGAAUCACGAGUUUAAGGUCCAGGAUGGGUGCCUGCAGCAGGAACAUCUGUUUAAAGUAGAAAGCACCCAAUUAAGAUUAAUUAGGAUUUAGGCCUGGACAUCUGAGCACAUACAAACAUUUAUCCCCUAGAGAGAACAGAUGUGAUUUGCAUAGCACGGUGCCAAGAACCUUAAUGACUUGGAUAGAGAACGGCAUUUGAGGGGAUUUCAAAUGGAACCAAGAAAUGAAGGAGGUGGGGAAAGCCUGGUAUUGAUCCUCUGCCAGUGAUUCUUUUCCUCAGCAAGUGUUCAUAGGAUUGGGAUAACCCUGGAGUACCCCUCUUGAAAGGUGUAGGGUGGGCAUUUAGGCCUUUUGGGUCUGAUGGCUUGGAUGGAAUCCAAUGGCAUGCAAAUAGUCCAUCAAAGCCAAAUCAUGUUUUUU